CCCCAUUGGGUGGUUUUAUCUCUUUGGCUCAAACUUCAAUGUUAACUAAAAAACAAGAUUUGAUUACAUUAUCUUCCUUUGAACCAUAUAUUGUUUCUUAUAUAUCUUCAUCUCUCUCUCUCUCUCUCAAAAAAGACUUAAGAAUAACAAUGGCGGCACUCAUCGUUGACGCGGAGUACCUCAAGGAAAUCGACAAGGCUCGCCGUGAACUCCGUGCUCUCAUCGCCAAGAAGAACUGCGCUCCGAUCAUGCUCCGUUUGGCGUGGCAUGAUGCUGGAACCUAUGAUGCUGAAUCCAAGACCGGUGGACCUAAUGGCUCCAUUAGGAACGAAGCAGAGUAUAGUCAUGGUGCCAACAGCGGUUUGAAGAUAGCGCUUGAUCUCUGUGGUUAUACACAUACUUUGAGAUGGUUGUUGAACAAAACAAAAAAAAAAAAGAAAAGAAGAGAAAUCACAGAGGACGUGAAAACGAAGCAUCCCAAGAUCAGUUAUGCGGACCUGUACCAGCUUGCUGGUGUGGUAGCAGUUGAAGUGACUGGUGGACCUGACAUCAGUUUUGUUCCCGGCAGAAAAGAUUCAAAUGCAUGCACGGACGAAGGAAGACUUCCUGAUGCUAAUCAAGGUUCCAAACAUCUGAAAGAUGUCUUCCACCGGAUGGGACUGUCUGACAAAGAUAUUGUGGCACUGUCAGGGGCACAUACUCUGGGAAUGGCUCAUCCAGAGAGAUCAGGUUUUGACGGACAAUGGACUCAAGAUCCUCUCAAGUUUGAUAACUCAUACUUUGUGGAAUUGCUGAAAGAAGAUGAAUCAGAUGGCUUGCUGAAACUUUCAACGGACAAGUCUUUGUUGGAAGCCCCGGAGUUCCGUCAAUAUGUUGAGCUUUACGCAAAGGACGAAGAUGUAUUCUUCAGAGACUAUGCAGAGUCACACAAGAAACUUUCAGAACUUGGAUUCACACCAACGUCUACAGUCACUAUGGCGAUAACAGACUGCACCGCACUGGCACAUACUGCAGUCGGAGUCGCGGUGGCUGCUGCUGUUGUGGCCUUUAGCUACUUAUAUGAAAUUCGCAGAAAGAUGAAGUAGAUGAAAUAGAAAGAACGCAUCCCCCUUCUCUUCUCUCUGGUUUGUAAGCAUGCAUUUAAAAAAGAUAAUAUGUACUGAUAGAUUCUUAUAUUUCUGCAAUAAGAUCACACAUUGAUCA